AUGCGAUUUCUCGUAUCGCCAUUCUCAUCAAGUGCUUCUUCAUCGGGAUCCGAAUCCGAGAGUAACGCACAAAUUCGUAUUGGUCGAAUCAAGAAGGCAUCACGUGAACAACGUCAACGACAUCAGCUCAUGAACAGAUUACGAACAAUGGUACCCAAUGCCCGAAGUGCUACAACACAGCUUGAACUACUGCAGUAUAUCAUCGAUUACAUUUCUGAUUUACAAGCAGAAUUGCCGAAUAGUUCACUCAAAAAUGUUAUCUAUUUGCAGCAAAUUAUUGAUGAUAACGAUGAUGAUAGAAGGAUAUCAACUGCUGCAUCACUCAAGCAAAAUCCGACAAUCACUGAUUUAUCGCUUUUAUUCUCGAAGAUCAACACUUCAACCAAUACCAAAUCAAAUAUGAAAUAUUCCACGAGAUAUGAAUUCCAUCAACAGCAAAAUAAUUCGCACAUUCAGAUUGCAAAGUACGGUUCGGAAUCGCCGUAA